AUGUCACAUACACCAUGUGGUGCAACUGUCAAAAGAACUGUCAGAUGCGGUCCAAUGCAAACUUUAAUCGGUGAUAUAGCUUAUAUAUUAUUAAUUCUCGUUGAUUAUUUAUUAGGAAUUAUAUAUGGGACAUUUAAAAGUGUGUUAUAUAUAUUAAAAUUUAUAAUAUAUCAAUGUUUUAAAAUCAAUAUAAUGCAAAAUACAAAAAACCAGAACAGGGUACAAAAUGGUGAAGCGGAAACCGUUGCAAUAAGGGGCAUGAUCGACGCGAACUGGCGUAAGCUAUUAUCAAGUACCUUAGUAACGGAUAAAACUAAAGAAGUUGCCAAAAAAGAACAUUACACAGGAACAUUCCGACGUGCUCGAAAGAAAAACAACAUGGAUACUGUUAAUACGAAUUUAGAGUCAAUGCAAUUGAAUUCAAUCUCAGCUAAUUCAAAUAAACCAACAAAUGUUAUAAACAACAAAAUUAUAGAUAAAAAAGGUUCAUUAACUAAGUUUAUAGCUAUGGAUUGUGAGAUGGUCGGUAUAGGGUACAACGGUGAAGAUCACAUGCUUGCCAGAGUAUCUUUGGUCAAUAAAUUCGGGGACUGCAUUUAUGACAAGUAUGUUAAAGCUAGAGAAGAAGUUAAAGACUAUCGAACGGAAGUUAGUGGUAUACGUAGAGAGAAUCUAAUCCACGGAGAAGAAUUUUCAGUAGUACAAAAAGAGGUUGCAGAAAUAUUACGAGGAAGAAUAUUAGUUGGUCAUUCGUUGAAGAAUGAUUUGAAUGUUUUAUUUCUUUCACAUCCGAAGACUAAAAUUAGGGAUACAUCGAAAUAUAAACCAUUUAGAAAGAUGAAAAAAGGUUGUACACCAUCAUUAAAAUUUUUAGCUAAAGAAAUCCUCGGUAUAGACAUACAGCGCGGUGAGCACAGCUCCGUUGAAGAUGCUAGAGCUGUAAUGCAACUUUAUUGUACUGUAGCUAAGACAUGGGAGAUGAUGUUGAGUACAAAACGGACAUAUAGUAAGAAAGCCGACAUUUGAUGUGGAAUUAUAAUGUAAAGUUGUACCUUUAAAAGCGAGAACUGGAUAACCUAGAAACCUUUAUAAGCGAGAAGCAUUGUCUGAUAGACAACGUCCAUAAACGAGAGACUGCGGUAAGAGAGAAAAAUAUCAUAG